GCUCUUUCCAGUGCCUUUGGACUCGAAUUUCAUGUUAAUUAUGACGUCUGUUUACGGUUUCGUGUUUUGCUAAACUAUCUCACGGAGUUUCUGGUUCACCGGUUCUUUUUUUCCGCGAUGUGUCUCCAGUUUCACAUUUUGAGAAACGCAACUACGAGCUCACAAACAGUCGCUCUUUACAGUUACUCCAUUUCGGACAUUUCUAUCGCCGUGCCGAAAACUUCCCCUUCCUCGCUCAACAGCCGUGUUCGUUUUCCGAAGUGACGGGAGGCAGCAGAGGGAGGGCGCGCAGACAGCCUCGCGAACAGUUUAGGAGCUCAUCGACAAUAUUUUAAGGUACCCAGAUGGCAUCUGCGGUGAUCUCCGUACCCACUACGGCCUCACGUUUUGCGCUACUGCAGGUGGACAGUGACUCAGACUCAGAAAGUGGGAAAAACAAGGGGAGUCAGGACUCGGGCAAGGCCCGAGCUAGGAAGGGCUCAGGGGGCAAGUCCAGCCAAAACAGUGACAAGAAGAAAGACAAACGGAAGAAGAAGAAGGAGCAACAGCAGAGUGAGGCCAAUGAGCUGAGAAAUCUAGCUUUCAAGAAACUUCCCCAGAAAUCAUCUGUGCCUCAAGCAGCUCUGACGCUACAGAGUGUGGCCAACGAGUUGCUGAACCCCUCAGCUGGGGAACAGGCAGUUCCCCAGGAAUGCUGGCAGCAGUGGAAACGGAGAGAUGAGCAGUUAACAAAUGAACUGUAUGAGGCAGACCUGGAAAAGGCCUUAAUUCUGAGCAAAUUGGAGUAUGAAGAGCACAAACAGGAUUAUGAAAACACUGAAACUACCUCACCUAAAUCCAGAGGAGGUGGCAAGAAGGAUAGAAGAAAGAAUCACCAGGGGAAAGAAAAGCGUCUUACUGUGUCUCUGAAGGACUUCCAGACAGAGGGAAACAUUGAUCAUCAUAAGAAACAUGAAAAAGAGGACAUCAGAACUAUUAAUCCACUGUCCCAUGAUAGUAGAUUUUUUGACAAAUUGGAAGAUGAUGUCAGCAAAAUUGUACUAAGGGAGAAACGACGGGAGCAAUUCAGCAACAGUGGUAGUACAGAAGCCACCACAUCUGUAGAAUAUGAGCCUGAUGUAAGAGCGGAACAGCUAAAAUAUGAACUUGAGAAGAAAGACUUGGAAAUUGAAAAGUUAAAGAAGGUUAUAUCCCAGUGGGAGGCGAAGUACAAAGAAGUAAAGGCAAGAAAUGCCCAACUAUUAAAGAUGCUUCAGCAAGGAGAGAUGAAAGACAAAGCAGAGAUUCUUCUGCAAGUUGAAGAGCUACUGAACAUAAAAGAGGAACUGUCUUCACAGGUUACAUUAUUGCAUGCUUCCCUUGAGCAAGAGAAGUCAAAAGUGAAGGGUCUGCAGUCUGACCAGCCAAAACACCACCAGGGAAACAGGAAGGGUAAAAAGAACUCAGAAUCAGAUCUAUGAAGGUGUGCAUAGAAUAUACCAUUCAUGGCAAAGCUGCUGCUCUUCAGGAAAAUUAAUGUUACUAUGUUAAAAGUUAACACUGACACGUGUGCCACACACUAAGACAGAAGAACAAAGGCGUGAUAAGUCAUUCAAUCGGCCUUACCCUCCAUUGGUGCGAGACUGUCCAGAACCUGUCCACUGACUUUGACUCUGUAACUUUGAGUAUUCUUUUUCGUUCCAUUUUAAAGCUCAUCUAAUUUAAUUAUUUUCCAUUAGGAAUUAAUGUCUUUUUUCUGCAUUGUUGGUCAGUGAGUGCUGUUCUGGACUAAAUCCUUUUGAAGGACUUCUCAGUUUGGUAUUGACCUUUCUUCAGUAAUAAUAAAAGAAAAAUUUGG